AUGGCAGAUCCCACCAAACCUCAGAGGAGGAUGUCGCGGACCGGAUCCUCGUUGUACCAAGUGUUAGGGCUGGAGAAAGGCGCCUCGCAGGAUGAGAUAAAGAAAGCGUAUCGGAAGCUAGCCCUUCGCUACCACCCAGACAAAAACCCCGAUAACCCAGAGGCAUCUGAGAAGUUCAAAGAAAUCAACAACGCCAACACAAUUCUGAGCGAUGAGAACAAGAGGAAGAUUUACGAUGAGUAUGGCUCCAUGGGCCUCUAUGUGGCUGAGCAGUUUGGGGAGGAGAGCGUCAAGUACUACUUCCUCAUGUCCAAGUGCUGGUUCAAGACUCUGGUGAUUUGCUGCACUUUGGUAACCUGCUGCUGCUGUUGCUGCUGUUGUGGGUUUUGCUGUGGCCGCUGUAAACCUCCGGAGGAAGACGAGUCUUAUAAGUGUGUGAAUCCAGAAGACCUGGAGGCUCAGAUCAGAGCGGAGGGCGGUGAGUCCGGUGUUGGUGUGGCCAGUAUUGGAGGAUGA